UUAUUUGCUGCCGUCAGAUUUAAAAUGACAGAGGCCGGCCUUCCCUCCUUGCUCUUCGUUCUGAUCCGCGAUCAAAUUCUUUCCCUCCCCGAGCUCCCUCUCGUUGCUUGCGUCGCGACCAAGUCUCGUGUGGCUUCCUCUCCCCGCCCCAAAGCCAAGGAUCAUUCGUCCAAGCUUUCCACCCCCAGCAACGAGGAGCAGCCGAUCGAUUCGUGCCCGCGAACAAGCACACCCUCGCAGAAGCGAAAGAGGCGCGCGCGCGCGCGCCAACAACAACCACCACCUUGCUCUCGCGUCCGCGCGCGGUAAUGGCGGAGGCGGCCGGCGCGGCCCCGGCGCAGCAGCAGCAGCCUGCAUCUAGAGUAGCUACGGCGACGACCGGCGACGUCGUCUCCGCGAGGCUGCAGCAAGUGCUGGCGCUGCUGUUCCCGUCCAACCUGGCCGCGAAGGCGGCGCUGUUCGCGCUCGUGGUGGCGCUGCUGCCGCUGCUGCCGACGAGCCAGGCGCCCAGGAUCUGGGAGCUGCCGCACCUGCUCCUGCUCGGCAUCAUCAUCUCCUACGGCGUCUUCGGCCAGAAGAACGCCGACGCCGAGGUGGCCGCGGCCGCGGCGGCCGACGCCAAGCCCAUCGACGACGAGGCGUCGUCCGUGGAGGCCUACGUCUCGCAGAUGAUGCAGGGCUCGCCGCUGGUAUUCGAGGACAACGACCGCGACGGCGACGAUGGUGGAGCUAGCAAGGUCGGCGUCCAGGCGUGGAGCUCCCAGUACCUCCCAGACGACCCGCUCGUGAUCGUUGCCGACGCCAACAACGGCGACGGCAACGGCAACGCAGGGGAGAAGCCGCUCCUCCUGCCGAUGAGGAAGCUGAAGCCGGCGGCCGAGGACUCGGCGGCACUGACAGACGAUAUCGGCAAUGCCAUUGAGGAGGAGGAGGAAAAGGAAGAAGAAGAGUUCGUCCUUGCCCCCAAGGCAGGAUACGACGGCGUCCGCGAGCGCGCCAUCCCUUCGCCGUCCUCCGUCCUUGACGCCGACCUCACGCUCUCGCCGUCCUCUCCGCCUCUGCUCCCGCCUCUCCCUCCGCCACCGCCGCCGCCGUUCCUCGGCCGCGAACGCCGCAAUCUCCGGAAGCCCAAAGCUAGAAGCUUCAACGAAUUCGGAGCGAUCGGCAACAGGAGCACGAACCAGAGGCUGGGCCUGCACAGCAUCGACUGCAAACAGUUCCGGUCCAAAUCGGCGGUACGGGCGACGAGGAGCGCCUUCGCCGGCUACGACCCCGUGGUGCCAAUCGGCGGCGACGACGACGAUGACGCCGUCGACGAUGCUGAGUUAGAUGAGGUGGUCGCGUCGUCAGAAAGCUCGUUCAGCAGCGACAUGGUUGCGGACAGCGACGAGGACAUCAAGGAGGAUGAGAACAUCUUCAAGGAGGAUGAGGAGGCGGCGGAGGAAGAGGACGGCAGCUCGUGCGACGAGGAGCUCUUCGAGCUGGCGACGAAGCCGGGGCCGGAGGUCGAGGAGGAGGCGGAGGACGAGGUGGACCGGAAGGCCGACGAGUUCAUAGCCAAGUUCAGGGAGCAGAUCAGGAUGCAGAGGGUCGAGCCGGCGGCCACUACCAGGAGGUGACCGACCCUACAGGCUACAGGGGCAACAGGUUCGACGGUCUGCUUGCAAGAUCAUGGCCAGGCCGCGGCCGUGCGGUUCCUCGUGUACGAAGACGUUUUUUUUUUCCUUCUCUUGUUUCGUUUUGGGUGUCCCGAUGUAAUUACUGCAUGAGCAGCGGUGUAAAUUAACAAAGUGGAGCCGGGGCUUAUGGUUAUCGCAUUAGGAUUAUUAU